GGAGUCGUCGUCGACGGCGGCGGCGGCGGUGACCGAAGAGGCGCCGCUCGGCGGCGCUUUUCCCCUGUGCGGUGUCGAGAGCGUUGCGCUCGAAACACGCCCCGCAAGAAAAGCCGCGACUCGCUCUCGUAAUACAACGCACGGUUGUCCGGCGAGAGGAACAACAAACGCCGCCGUCGAGCGACGAGGGGGUUAAGUUCAGCAUCCGACAGGCCGCAGACAAACCGUCGAAGAGCAGCCAGACGGCGACGUUUCUGCCUCCGUUUCGGUUCCCGCCUCGGCCCGCCGCAGUAGCAGCCCAGCAGAAGCAGCCGCACCGACUAAGCUUCAUCGAUUCCCUGGUUGGAGCCAGCAGGCAGAGUACGGGAGGAGGAGGAGGAGACGACGCGCCGCCUUGGCGCGCUCUCGGAGUUCUCGCUUCGGGACGAGAGCCAGAGUCAAAACGGCGAGGAAGAGCGGCAGCAACAGCGAGCGAAUUGGCCUUCGUGCUGCGUCUCGCAUCAACGCGAACUAAGCCGCCGAAACACAGCGCACGACCGACCCCCUCUGUGGUAGUUCAGGAUGGCUGAAUACUCGAGGUCGACUAGGUCCGGGUCUUCUGCAGUCGGCGUGGGCUUGGUCAUUUCCAAGUGCGGGAUGGAGGCGGCGUCACAAUCCAUGUUGCGCUUCGAAGCUCGAAGACACAACGAGCGUCUUGUGCCGACUGCAGGAACAAGGAAUCCCAGAUUCUCCCACGAACAUGUGACAGUUCAAGUUUCGGUAUCUAGACAUUAGUCUUGAUGUUUCCUUCGACGGGAGAUACCUUACGCGGCGCAUACGUCACCACUUCAACGUACACGUCUCCGGGCUGAACGAUGACGUAAGCGAGUUCAGUGCUUCAAUUUGUGCCCUUCGAAAGGACUGUUGCCGCUGUUGGGAAACACCGGCGAUGGCGGGCUCCAACAGACCCGAGCUCCGCCUCGUGUACCGCAGUUUCGUCACGGUCAACAUUCUGCUUGCCGUGUACAACAUGAUAUGCUUCCAGAUGCCCCGCACCGACGUCAAGCCCUGCGUGCUCGUCGUCGCCAAUCACUCGCAGCAGGAAGUCGCGGAUUACGCUGCCAAGAUUUCGCAGCCUCCCCCUCCGCUACCACCACCCCGAUCACAGCCGGUCAAGGCUGCUGCCCCGACCAGCGUCGUCCAAAAACCCCAGUUCCAGAACAGGCAACCCCUUCAGUCAAAUCUAGCCACUACCCGCGCGCCGGUCGCAGCGAGUCUUAGUCGGAUCGGUGACAGCAACGCCGGCGGCAACUGGAUCGACUCCACGCCAAAGAAAGAAGCGUCGGCGACGACGGCGACCAAGUACGUCGUCCAGGAGGACUUCGUACUCUCUGACCUUUCGGUGCCGUUCAACGACAGCGUCACCCUCACGACGCAGGCGACUCACGAGUUCCUGCAGCACGUUCCGGUGCUGUGCUCCCGAUGGCAAGGGCCGAUCUCUGUGGCCGUCUUCGCACCGGGCACCGACUACGCAGUGGUGCUGGACAAGAUCGCCUUCCUGCGCCACUGCGGCGACCCGUGCGUGAGUGCGAACGUGACGUGGCACAUGGUGUUCGACAGGGACCACGCGCCGCCGGCGGCAGUCGUGGUCGACUCGUCUUCUUCCGCGGUUUUUCUCCAGUCCUGGAACGGCUCGUGCGCCUCGGACGUGAUGGGGCGCGAGUACGCGCAGUUCCGCAAGGCGCACAAGAUGACCUACCCGAUCAACGUGCUCCGGAACGUUGCGCGGCGCCGGGCCCGCACGCGCUACAUUCUCGCCUCGGACAUCGAGCUGUACCCGAGCGCCAACGUGAUUCCGCGCUUCCUGAGCCUGGUCGCCGAGCGCCGGCGUCGCAACGCCACCGAAGCGGGGGCGCCCCAGGUGUUCGUGCUGCCCAUCUUCGAGGUGCAGGCCAAGCAGCGGCCGCCCCUGACCAAGCGAGUCCUGGUCGAGAUGCUGCGCAACAAGACGGCCAUCUUCUUCCACAAGUGGGUCUGCGACCAGUGCCAGAAGUUCCCCAAGCGGGAGGAGUGGAUCGAGUACGUACCGGCCGAUGACGACACGUUGGGCAUUCUCACCACGACAAAGCGCGACCGCACCAAGCGCUCCUGGGAGCCCAUCUACAUCGGAACCAACGACGAUCCCUUCUACGGAGAAGAGCUCACCUGGGAGGGCAAGAGGGACAAGAUGUCACAGAGUUACGAGCUGUGUCUACGCGGCUACGACUUCCACAUCCUGGACAACGCCUUCCUGGUGCACGCGCCCGGCAUCAAGACCAUCAUCGCCAGUGAGGAGCGCCGCAGGGUGCCCUUCGUGAAAGUGAACAAUGCGCACCACGCGCGAAUCAUGAACAGCCUCAAGUCUCGGUACCCGGCGCUUGCCAAGGACUGUUAGGAACCCUGUUCAGUGCGUGUGUGAUUGUGUGCUUGCGUGCCUGUGAGUGCUUGAGAAGCCCGUGUAAUAUAUACAAAUGCGUAUUAUAUAAAGUACCUCCGCCCGUGUUUUA